GUUGCGGGUCUCGCCUGCGCCCCACCGGCACCCCCUGCCCCGGGGACAGCCCCCCCGUCCCCUCCAGCCCCCCUGGAGUGGUCCCCAAAGCCCCCGUGUGCAGGGCCGGUGCUGCGCCGCCACUGCCCGCGUUCCCUCGCCUGUCCCCGUGCGUGUCCCCGUGUGUGUCCCCUCGCUGUCGCACCCCACGCGGUGUCCCCCCGGCCCCUCCUGCGCCCCCAGCCCUGCGGAGCGGAGCCGCCCACGCUCCGGUCCACCUUAAACCCGACAUCCGCCGGGCGCGGAGCGCUGCGUCGAGCCGCUGUUCCCCCGGGCUGUGCGGGGCAUCGCCCGCCUCUCUGCGUGCCCCCCGAGAUCCCUGCGUGCACCACAAGGUCCUUGGCUCAUGCCCCGCAGUCCCCUGUUUGCACUCUGAGCUCCUCUGUUCGCACCCCACAGUCUCCCGCUUGCACCAUGAGAUCCUUGCUUGCACCCCAAGAUCCCUGUUUCCCGGCUGACAUCCCGCGCUUAUGCUCAACUGUUCCCUCUUUGCACUCUGAGGUCCCCUGUUUGCACUGAGGUCCCCUGUUUGCACCCCGAGAUCCCUGCUUGCACCCCGAGGUCCCCACCUGCACCUGGAGGUCCGUGCCUGCCACCCAGCCCAAGCAGCUGCGCGGCAGCUGCCGGCAGCAGGUCUGCGUGGCUGGCAAACUACACCGGGGCUCGGCAGCCACCGGCACUGCUAUGGAGUUCUCUGAGCUGAUCAAGACGGCGACGGUGGAGAGCGUGCUGCUGUCCUGCGCGGGGCUGCCAGCGGUGAAGGGCACCCUGUGCAUCACCAGCCACCACCUGCUCCUCUCCUCCUGCCCCGGGGGGGACGCCCAGCCCGGCACCGUGGAGCUUUGGCUGCUCAUCCGCAACGUGGAUGCCGUGGAGAAGAGAGUGCAGAAUUUAGGCUGGUACCAACCCCCUGGGACUAACGGCUCCCCACUGGACACCAGGCUUGCUGGCUCCUCCGGCACCAUCACACUGCGGUGCAAAGACCUGAAGGUGCUGCAGCUGGAGAUCCCGGGCAUGGAGGAGUGUCUCAACAUCGCCAGCUCCAUCGAGGCCCUCUCCUCAGUGGACUCGGUGAUGAUGAUGUACCCAUUCUUCUACAGACCGCAGAGCCUGAGGCUCGAGGAAGGAUGGCACCUCUUCCCCCUCAAGCGGUACUUCCAGCAGAUCGCCUCGCAGACCAGCCAGUGGCGGCUGAGCCACGUGAACCAGGACUUCACCACCUGCCCCACGUACCCUCCGGCCGUCAUCGUGCCGGCGGCGGCGGAUGAUGACACCCUUCGGAAGGCUGCCAGGUUCCGGCAGGGCGGGCGAUUCCCCAUCCUCAGCUAUUACCACCCCAAAAACGGCACCGUGAUGCUCCGCAGCAGCCAGCCGCUGACGGGCCACAACCGAAAGCGCUGCCGUGAGGACGAGAUGCUGCUGGGGACAGUCCUGGAGGAGGGGGAACGGGGCUUUAUCAUCGACACGCGGUCAGCCCAGGCAGCGAAGCAGGCUCGGAUGACAGGAGGGGGCACAGAGCCCAAAUCUUCCUACCCGCAGUGGCGGAGGCUGCACCGGCCCCUGGAGAGAGGCCGCCCGCUGCAGGAGAGCUUCAUGAAGCUGGUGGAAGCCUGCAACGACACCUCCGCCACCAUGGACCGCUGGCUGAGCCGCCUGGAGAGCUGCCGCUGGCUGAGCCACGUCAAGGCGGCGCUGAGCACGGCCUGCCUGGCCGCGCAGUGCAUGGACAGGGAAGAGGCCACCGUGCUGGUGCACGGGGCAGAGGGGACGGACACGACACUGCUGGUGACGGCGCUGGCACAGGUGAUCCUGGACCCAUCCUGCCGUACGCUGGGGGGGUUCCUGGGGCUGCUGGAGCGGGAGUGGAUCGAGGCCGGUCACCCGUUCCACCUCCGCUGCGCCCGCUCUGCCUCCUCCCACGCCCGGCCGAAGCAGGAGGCGCCGCUCUUCCUCCUCUUCCUCGACUGCGUGUGGCAGCUGAGCCGCCAGUUCCCCUUCUCCCUGGAGUUCAGCGAGCGCCUCCUCCUCACCCUCUUCGACAACGCCUACGCCUCCGCCUACGGCACCUUCCUCUGCAACAACGAGAAAGAGAGGUGCCUGUGUAAAGUGAAGGAGAACACACACUCCCUCUGGGCCUGGCUGAACCAGCCUGAGGAGAGGGCGAAACACCUGAAUCCUCUGUACUCACACAACCCCCUGGUCAUCUGGCCCUCUGUCGAGCCCCAGAGCAUCCAGCUCUGGCAGGGUUUGUUCUUCCGAUGGAUCCGUUCGUCCCAGCACCUGGACGAGGCCUGGGCAGAGAUCCAGCGGUUGGUAGAGAGCAAAGACCCCCCCGCCAAGGAGGGUGUGGGGACGGGGCUGAGCCGGUCCCUCUCCGACCCCGCUGCUCAGACGGAGAACGAAAGAUGAACAGCAGCGCGGGUGGUUCGGUCCCCAUGGGGCCAAGGUGACACUGCGGCUUUGGGCGGGAGGCGCUGUGCGGGACACAGCCCCCGUGGGACAGCUCGGGGAGCAGGGACGGAGCCAUUUCCGCAGCCUCUGGGCUGCACAGACUGAGCUUGUUUAGUAAAGCGCUCUCUCUCGCACCCCACGCCUGCUUUUCUGCUCUCACACGGGCAGGAGCAGCCCCGCUCCCUCCCGCUCUCUCCCCAGCAGGAUUUUGGCAGCUCCCAAACGGCAGGCACAGCAAAAACUACGCGUCAGAACACUCCUAAACCCACAACACCCUCUCCACAAAGCGCACGCCGGCUGCAGUUCAAGCAUUGCAUCCGUCACACUGAGCCAGCCCAGGAAAUCUGCCCUUGAACCCAGUUUUGAGGAAGGAAAGAGAUACAAACCGCCCGACAGGCACAGAAGGAUGAGGAUUCACAGCAAAAGCGAGUGCUAGUGCAGGAAAUAACUGUUCCAUGAGGAAAGCUGGCUCAGGGUCAGUCCCAGCAAAUAAACAAAGCACCAGAGCCGGGCGCGUGUGUGUCAGCUGGAAAACAACAACCAGCUGCUGCAAUUCAGCCUGUUCACACCUCAGGGCCGGAGCCAAACCCCAGCGGCAGAUCCACCUGGGAAAGAGAACACAGGGCAGAGAGACCCCGGAGUAACAGCCCCGGUGGGGAGCAGGGCACUGCCAACAGAGCCGGGAACGCAAAGCGCUCGAGUUAGUCUUGUUCCAGACCAAAAAAACCCUCAAAACCCACAGAGGUGCUUUUGCUUGUGUUUAUAAAAGAUUUCUAUUUGUU